AUGGAUAGGCCUAUAGAUGAGACGGUUAAAAGUUUAUUGCAAUUUGUUGUUCGUGGGUUCUAUUCCAAUGCCUAUGUGUUAGUCCUGGAUGCAAUCAUGUUCCAUUCGGUUCUAUCCGAGGAAGAUUUAGCCCAUUUAUUAGGUAUAAAGCGGCCAGAGUUACGUUCGCUUAUUACAACAUUGACUGAGGAUAUGUUAGUGGCUACUCAUUCUCAACAAGAAUUUGCAUACAAUUCUAGAAGUUUAAGGCGUUAUUAUUACUAUAUAAAGUACCCACAAGCAAUUGAUGCCAUCAAAUGGAAAGUGCACCAAUUGGUUUCCAAGAUGAAAGAUGAUUUAGACAAGAAUAGUGCUCCUCAGGGUUAUAUGUGUCCAGUUUGUCAUUCGAAAUAUAGUCAACUGGAGGCAGUAUCUUUACUAAAUUUUGAAAAGACACAAUUCUUGUGUAGUUUAUGUGAGGAGCCUUUAGUGGAAGAUGAUUCAGGUAAAAAAUCUAAAGAGAAACAGAUGCGUUUGAAUAAGUUAAUGGAUGAAGUGCAGCCUAUCAUUGAUUAUUUGAAAAAAAUCGACGAUUCCAUGAUUGAGGAAAAUACUUUUGAAACAGCGUUAGCAAGAUUGAUUCCGCCACAGAACAACUCAGCUGCUUCUUAUACCUUGAAUCCAAGAACCAGAAGAAGCAAAAUGUUUCAACCAGGUGAAUCUUUGGAUAACGCCAGCAGUAGACGCGCUGGUGCUAGGUCGCAGGCUACAUUGCAUGUUAAUAUUACUACUGUAAGUGACGAAUUGGCUCAAAGAGAGUUACAGGAACGUAAAGCUGAAGAAAAGAGGAAGCAAAAUGCACUACCCACAUGGCACGAGAAAAGUACAAUCGGAAAAAGCUUGGGUAGACUGGAUCGUGAUGAUUGGGAACAGAUGGAACCUACAAACAAUGCAGCUGCAGAAAAUGGCUUGAAGGACGAAGAUGGCGCCAGCUUACCAACCCUAGACAAUGAAAAGGAUAUGGACCUUGACGACUCAAACUUGGUGAAAGAAAGGCCAAGUAUUAAUCAACAGGUUAUCGCUAAUAGAGAAGCAGAAAGAACUUUGGCCGAAUACUAUGCUAAACUGGCCAAAAAGCAGGCCAUGGAAGAUGAUGAGGAGGAAGACGAUGAAGAAGAAGAAGAAUUCGAAGAUGUUAUCAGAGAAGAUGGUGAUGAUGACGAUGAUGACGAUGACGAUGAUGUCGAUAUGGCCGAUUUAGAAGAUAUAGAAUUGGAUAAUGUCACUGCUAAGGAUAGCACUCAAGAAGGAAAGGAUGGCACAUCGAGUGCUGGAGGUACAGCCAACAGCUCUUCCACCAGAAGCAACGAAAAGAGUAAUGCUAAUGAAUUCGAAGAAGACGAUGAUGAUGAUUUUGGUGGAGACUUUGAAGACCUGUAA